AUGAUGGAACGAUACAGUUCUAUCCAAUCAUCAAGGCAUCCAGCAAUGUCACUGUCCCAGUCUUCACAACCAACGUUCAGCGAAACAGAAACAUCUCCCACGGCUUCUUACAUUACUCCUACCAGCACCAGAGCUUCACAAUCAACUGUAGACACACAAAGUUCUGUGGGAGUUAGUGAGAAGACUCUACAGUUCGAUACUGACAAUCACACCUCACCAACAAGACGCUCGAGGGAGAAGGUUCAGCCACCAAGGAGAUAUUCACACGAUUCUUCGAAAAUCAACGGCUAUACCACUUGUGGAAGGCAUGGCGACGACUGGCUAUUCGGCGGGUUUUCCGUCCUGGGAGCAGUGAAGAAGCUGUGGGAGAAGGAUACCAAGGAAUGA